UGUACAAUACACAUCAUCACAUGAAAUUGUACAUGUCAGCGGAAAUCUACGAUAAGGUUUCUGAGGAAUUGGAAAAGGAUGGACUCUUGGACUGCGAAUGUGUCGGAGGGGGAAGGAUCAGACAUGAUGCCCAAGCGAAGAAGAUCCAUGUUUACGGUUACUCGAUGGGGUUCGGAAGAGCAAACCACGCAAUAACCACUGAGAAACUCAAGAUUCAGUACCCGGAUUAUGAGGUGACCUGGGAUAACGAAGGAUACUGAUAAGAACCAUCGCAAAAAUAUAAUGGACACCAGAAUCAAAGACCAUAUUCAUCAUGAACUUUUCGGUACCACAUUUACAUCCUGAUGCUAUUAUGUCUAAAGUCACUAAUUAUUUCUAUGGUUUCACUUCUCACCUUUUUUACCACAUGGUGGCAGUGGUGACUUGUGACUUGACGUGCUAGGUUGAAAAGGUCAAAUUAGGCAAGAAAUGAUUUCAAUAAAUACUACUUGUGUAAUUUGUCAGAAUCCGUUUUAUUGCCAGUGGCAGUUUUGUCCGUUUUUACAGCUUCAGUGUGGACUUAUAGUUAAAUAUAUUAAACAUUGUUAUAUCCAUACCUCAGUGAUAACCUUCACUCACAUAGAUUUUUAUUUUAAUUUUUGUUUUUGAGUUUUGGAUCUCGUUGUUUGGCACUCAUGCAUACCUAAUGUUAUGGACUCUUGAGUUCAUAUCGAAUAAAUGUACACGCCAUGCAAAAUCA